AUGGAUCUGGGAUUGGCGCUGCAACUGCUCGAGAAGCUCUCUGAAGAGAUCAGGACCUCAAGAGAGCAGGCGGCGCCAUUCGCCGCGGAAAGCUACUCAGUCCAAGGCAUCGCCUCAGCCUGUGGUGCCAUUCGAAACCACUACCCUUCCCCAGAGUACAACAUCCGCGCCGCCGUUUUCAGUGUGGGGUACGCAGUAUGGAAGCCCUUUCUUGAAGUUAACCCAGAGGAAGUGCAAACCUCUCUCCAGACGAACAUCGCUUCCGCCUUCACCAAGUUCUCUCGGAAAGCUAUACUGUCUUUCAAAGAGAACGAUAUUGAGAACGGAAAGAGGGGGAUUCUUAUUUUCACUGGAGCAACGGCUAGUCUGAGAGGUGAUGUCGUUACAAGCGCUAUUGCGACUGGAAAGCACGGUUUGAGGGUGCUGUCCUAG